UUCUAUACAAUAUUUUACAAGACUUUUUUAAAGAUUACCUAGGCAAGUGUGUUUAUCUAAUAAUUUAUCUACGAGUUUAUUUUUAAGAAUAAAAAAUGACAAAAAAGAAGUCGAAGCGGAAAGGGAAGGUCGAGAAGCUGACUAAAGCACUACAAGGGUUUACUAUAUCAGAACCCGGAAGCAAUCAAUCUACAUCAACAACUUCGACUGCAUCAUCUUCAUCACACAAGAAACAAGGAUCAGAAACAGCAACAGCAUCGGUACCGGCAACACCAUCAACAUCAAAGGCAGCAGCAGCACCGGUAAUAGCAUCACCGGCAACACCAUCAACAUCAACAGCAGCGGUAUCAGCAUCUCCAGCAAUACCAUCAACAUCAAAAGCAGCAACAUCGGCAACGUCACCGGCAACACCAUCAACAUCAAAAGCAUCGGUACCAUCAUCUCCGACAACACCGCCUACACCAUCAACAUUAACAGCAUCGAUACCGGAAUCACCAGGAACCCCAUCAACGUCAACAGCAUCGAUAUCAUCACCGGUAACUCCAUCGGCACCGCCUUCAGAAUCGCCGGGAACACCUUCCACAUCAAAAGAAGCAGCACUACCACUGGCAUUGGCAUCACCGGCAACACCAUCGUCAUCAAAGGCACCGGCAAAAGCAUCACCAGCAACACCAUCGACAUCAAAGGCACAGGCAAAAGCAUCACCAGCAACACCAUCGACAUCAAAGGCACAGGCAAAAGCAUCACCAGCAACACCGUCGACAUCAAAGGCACAGACAAAAGCAUCACCAGCAACACCGUCGACAUCAAAGGCACCGGCAAAAGCAUCACCAGCAACACCGUCCACAUCAAAGGCACCGGCAAAAGCAUCACCAGCAACACCAUCGUCAUCAAAGGCACAGGCAAAAGCAUCACCAGCAACACCGUCGACAUCAAAGGCACAGGCAAAAGCAUCACCAGCAACACCAUCGACAUCAAAGGCACAGGCAAAAGCAUCACCAGCAACACCGUCGACAUCAAAGGCACAGGCAAAAGCAUCACCAGCAACACCAUCGACAUCAAAGGUACCGGCAAAAGCAUCACCAGCAACACCGUCCACAUCAAAGGCACCGGCAAAAGCAUCACCAGCAACACCGUCCACAUCAAAGGCACAGGCAAAAGCAUCACCAGCAACACCAUCGACAUCAAAAUCACCGGCAGCCUCACCGGCAACCCCAUCAACGUCAAAAGCUACAGCAGCCUCAACUUCAGAAGCCGCAGCAGCAGUAUCACCAACACCAUCAGCUUCACAAUCAGGUGAAACUAUUUUAGAUACAAACAUAAAGCCAGAAAUGCUCGCAAAAUGGCCAAAAGUUAAGAAUAAAGUACCACCUGUCUUCCUGCAUAAACCAGUUGACUUUGAACAACAUGUGAAAAAAGUUUUAAACAUGGGAAUUAAAUUCUAUCAACCGAACCUCGGUAAAAACUAUACCAAAAUAAUUUGUCAAAGCUUUAACGACCACAAACACUUGACAAAAUAUUUCGACAAAAAACAACUACCUUACCACACAUUUGGACAUCCUUCUAAAAGGAAAAUGAAAGUUGUCAUCAGGGGCCUGCCUAAGGAAAUAGAUUUGUACAAAGUCAAACAUACAUUGAAAUCUGUUUCUCUUCCUGUCAUAAGAGUCCAUAAAAUGAAUACCAAAGAAGAUAGAAAGGACAAUACAAUAUUGGUUUUGGCAGUUGUACCUUACGAUGAAAGCGGAAAAGUAAUUUUGAAAUUGUCUAAGCUGUUAGGACAUAAGGUGACAUUGGAGCCUCCAUACACAAAACCAAAGCAAUGUCAUCGCUGUCAGAAGUGGGGUCACUCUCAAAGGUAUUGCCAUGGGCAAAUUAAAUGUGUGAAAUGUGCAGGAGAACAUUUGUCCAAGAAAUGUGAGAGGGAUCCAGAGAAAGAGCCACCUAAAUGUGCGAAUUGUAAUGAGGAUCACACUGCUAGUUAUAGAGACUGUCUUUUUACCCCAGGGUCAGCAGGCUAUGAACUGCUGCAGGAAAUUAAAAUACACAAACCUUGUUACAAGCCACUUGUACUUGUAACUCUUGAUAACUAUGAAACGUUGUACAAAAAUGUUGAAUAUGGGAAAACGCCAGCCAAAAAAUAAUUUGUACUAGGCUUCACAUAGGUAGUACAAAUCUUAAAAUAAUAUGAAGAUUUAACAUAUACCUAAGUUCCGUAUUUAAUUUUUUGUAUAAAUAUUAACCAUGUUGUUGCAUUUCCUUCAAGGAAGUCAAACUUUCAUUUUUAUAUAAUUUAAGUUUUUGUUCUGUAACUUUGUGGACUGAUGAAUAGACUAGUGAAAUGGAUGGCAUAUUUUACAUGUAUUUAUAACCAAACAAAAUAAAUAUUUUAAGCAGCA